CUUUUUUAUAUUUUCAUAUGUGUAGUAUUCUAACGGUCGGUUGACGUGGACAAGUUAAUUGCCACCAACAGAUGUUAAUUAUAAAUUCUUGAAACCUUCCUUCGUCAUUAAAAUGUUGCAUGGUGGUUGUAAAACGCUCUGUGCGUGGUAUAUAAGCAAAUAAAUGGAUAAAUACAUGUUUCAUUCGUAUGUAAAUUUGUACGAUUGUACGAUGUAAUUAAAAUCCAUACGAGCAAAGUUCUGCACUUCCGUGCGCGGUCUCGAAACGCUUGAUCGAUAGCCGCGUCGACGUCCAAGUCGAAUUUCUCACGCGCGAAUCGCGCCGGGCGGGUUCGUAUACGCUCUGGAAACGAGGCAACGAUUGCAAUGAUUCAUCUAUCACGGCACGCUCGUAUUAUAACUCCUGUACGGCACGAUAAAGCUCAUCCCGGUAGUCCGCCUUAUGGCAUACCGACAGAAUUCCAUUUAACGUUAAAGGUCUGGGCGCGGAGGGAAAACAUUGCCGCGGCGCGCGCGGAGUAGCGAGAUAGUCGGACUGAAUUAUGCUUUCCACCCCGGCAACGGGGGGGGGAGGGGAGAGUCGAGCGAUAAGCAAUUGUAAGAAUUAUAAUAGCACCUAAUAAAUAAAUUUAGAUAACGCGCAAUACUUCGGCGCGCGUACCGCGACCUAUCCGAGAUGGGGCUCCCAUCGGUUCUAUCUCCGAAAAAUGGAUGCCCCGCGUAUUUCUCAUCUCGCGAGAAAGUCGUAUUCGGGAGGGUGGCUAAUAAAUGAAUUCGCGCGCCGCGAUAUUUCAGGGCCGAUACCGCCGCCGCAACGCGCGGCCGACGUAUCGCAAAAAAUAAGUUUUCCGCAAAUUAAUUCUGCAUGCGAGAUAUUUUUCAAGUAUGUACUGUACAUACGUGAAUUAUUUUUAAUUUAAGAGCACGCUUCUGGCAUAAUGUAACCGAUAAGGGACUAUAAAUUACACGAAUAUCUUAUUGUUAUCUAAACUUGCAUCGUACAAUAAAAUUAUAUUUCCAAGUAUUACGAAACUUGAAUUUCAACGAAAGUAGACGAGUACGUCAAACCUGUUUUCGUAUGCUCUAUGCAAAGCUAUAAAAUUUGAUUUUAAUGCAAACGUUCAAUUCUUAUCUUCUGGGUUAUCGCGAGAAACGUUUAAGAAAGGUUUAACGGUCGAUCUUAACAUGCGACUUCGUUAACAUUCUCGCCGUUUUUGCGCCAUCAGCAUUUCGAAGUUCCGGGACGGUUUACCGCGAGUUAAAUUAUUUCGGAUUUUUAUCACCGGGAUAUAAACCUCCUCGCGGAAAGAGAGAGAGAAAGAGAGACGACGUCCGCUCGUGCACGAGGAUCAGCCGGGCCGAUCAACCCCGCGCAACUUGCUCCGGGAAAUUCGAGAUAGGAUGACAGUAAAACGGCAAUGAAAUGUCUUUGAAAUAAAAGCCGGGGAAUACGCGUUCGGUGGCGGUUUACGAGUGAACGCGAGCGUAUCGGAGACGCGCUCUCGUGUCACCAGCAACCUCGCUGUCUGGCCAAUGUAAUUUUGGAAGGCUUUGAUCUUCGAUUUUUCCAAGAGUCGCCGUGCGAGAGUUGACUGCGCUGUUCAUUUUUUGUGCACACAUGCCAGCUAGCACCACGACUAAUUUCGAUCGCGUGUUCAGUCCAUUCAGUUCAUUAUGGAUAGCGUUGAGAGAGAGAGAGAGAGAGGAGGCGGCAAGGAGGGGACGUUCAAGAUGGAAAAGUUUCAUUAAAGUUUGCUCUUAUGAUCGUAAAGAAUGAUACUCUUCUGCAAUCUCAUACCAUUCGCGAUGAAGAAACCUUUCGAGUGAUUCGUUCAUAUUAUUCUCAAGUGAUACUUUAAGAUCUCGAUAAUAACAGAGCUUAUUAUAGAAUUUGAUUUGGAUUAUGAAGGUUAAACGGUUACACACAAUAUAAGAAAUGUACAUACACAUGUAUAUAUAUACAAAGACCUUCAGUCUUGAUGAUUGUUUCUUGUCAAACUGUCGAUUCGAAGCAGUCUUGAUCUAACGUUCACUUUGAAAGGACGAAGAAAUUAUUCUACGUUGUUAAACUUAUUAUACGUCGGAUAUCAAAUUUGGUUUAAAGUUGAUGCCAUCCAUUACUUUAAAUUUCAUCAUUCAUUUGAUGAUCACUUAAUGAUAUAAUCCAUUUUCAAUGCUGGCUCGUCAUAAGAAGAAAAACAAUCAGACAAAUAGUGACGUGAAGCUAAAGUUUGAUAUAACACAGAACCAAAGUUAUACAGGUAUGAUGUCUGAGAAUUCGUCGAAAAAUAAGGAAAUACAGACAGAAAAUAAGAAUGAAAUGCAGACAAAAAACAAGGAUGAAACGCAGACAGAAAAUAAGGAUAACAUGCAAAUAGAAAAUAAGGAUGAAAAGCAGAUGGAGAUAUCUGGAGCAGAUCAGAAUUUUGUGAAGCACGUUCUUUGUCAUUGUCAAACGCAAUUUAAUGUGAAAAUAAUUACUUUCGUAUGGAGUAUUGCUAAUUUUUUUAAUUUACUUGAUAGUAUUGAUACUUUAACAUCUAGUAAUAUUGAACAGCAGUCCUUUAAACUUCAGAUGUGCAUUGAUAGGAAAAAGAAUAAAUUAAGCUUUUCUAUUUCCGACAAAUUAAAUGCCCAAAUUAAUAUUCGCAGAUAUAUAGUUAGUAUCCAAGGUAUGAGACCAAUUAUGCUUACAAAUUGGAAGACGUUUCGUUUAGGUACUGUUCUUUAUGACAUGUGUCUUGAAACCCUUCGUUUAAAUCAGACAACUUAUGUAACAAACAAUACAUUUGUAAUAGAGUUUAAGUUUGAAUUUUAUGAUAAAAUAUUUAAUCGCAUUUCGUACGAAACUAUAACAGGACUGCGACCAUCCUUACCAAUAUUUAACAAUUCUUUAAUCUCUGAUAAUAAAUCCGAUUUUUUAGUUACAUUAGCAAUAGAUGGGAAACUUCUUCGUAUAGAGAAAUCAUUAUUGUGUGCCAAGAGUACAUACUUCAAUAAAAUGUUCGAAACUUUGUCAGAAGAAGAUGCAAAAAAAAAUAUAGAAUUAUCUGAUGUACCAUAUGAUAUUUUCGAAAUUAUAAUAGUCUUUUUACAAACUGGUUACUUUAGUUAUACUUUAUAUAAAGAUUCUAAUGAUUUUAUAAAUAAACUCUAUCUUCUUCUUUCAGCAGCUGAUAAUUAUGAUAUGAAAGAACUUAAAAUACAGUGUGAAAAACAUUUAAUAGAAUACACAGUAAAAGCAAAUGUUGUAUUACAUUUACAUAUUGCCAUUGCAAACAAGGCAAAAUACUUGGAGAAUUAUGCAAAAAAAUUAAUUAAAUUAUACUUAAAUGAUAUUAUAGCCACCAAAGAUUUUUUAAACUUGAUUGAAAAUAAUUCUAAAAUAUUUGUUGACAUCAUGAGACAAGAAUUAUUUGAAGAAGAUGUUUCGUAUUCUACAUGUAACAAUAACAAUGAUAUAGUUUAAAAAAAAUAAAAAUAACAAGUAUUUGCACUACACGUAGAAAAUUGAAUUCAAUUUUAAUUAUAAAUUAGAUAUUUACUUACAAUAUUAACUGUUUUGUAUUAAUUUCAUAGUCCUUAUAUAAUAUUUAUGUCAUUUUCUAUUACGCCUUUAUUACUAAAAAUAAUUUCUAGUUAGAUUUUAUUUUAGAAAUAUUUUACUUACUAAAGAAUAAAAACGCAAAAAAUUGUAUUACAUAAGUGUCUAUAUUAUUUUAAAAAAUAUCGCCAAUAUUGUAAGAGUCUCCUACGGCUAUCGCUUAUUUCUCGAUAACAAACAUUGUACUGUAACUAAUAAAAAUAUGAUAUGCUUAAAUAAUUGAAGAAAUAAAAAUGCAUAUUUCAUAUAUCCGUGGCAUUUUUCUAUCCAAAAUAUGUAAAAAACAAAUUUUUUUUAAGCAAGAAUAAAAUUAACUCUUUUAUUAUACCUAAGAAUGCACUCUUUGUAUCUUUUUAAACCAAUUAAUAAAAAUUAAUAUGAAAAAA